UUCGGAGUUUGGCCGGCCGACCUGUCGACCCUUAAUCUGUGUUAUUACAUUGCUGAUGUUAUCCGGUAUAAUCUGAUUAUUGUCAUAUAUACUGUUAAUUCGUGUGAAAGAUAUAAAAAAGAACAGGAUGGAUGAUCAGGAUUCAACAAGUGUUAUUAAUAUAAUAAAAGAUCUAUGUUCUGGAUCAGAAUCCUAUCGCAGAAGUACUGGAGUAUCGGCACGAUUUUCAGGAACUAGCUUUACACGUUCUAGAUUCAGUGAUAGUAAUGACAGCAUUAUCUCACCAAAACGACAAAAACUAGAUGAAUCUGAAUCAUCUACAAUUAACAAAACUCAAUCUGAUUCUAUCCCAGGUAGUCCUUGGGAAUGGCGACGUAUGAAAGGAGAGAUUAUAUCAUUAAAGACCAGAUUGACUCACCAAGAGGCAACUGUGCAACAGCUUCACAAUAUACGCAGACAAAUGGAAGAAAUUUUUGAAAAGGAGAAAGGUCUCUUACAUAUCCAGGUGGAACAGGAUAGGCAAACCAUUCAACAGUUAGAAGUUCGAUUAGAUGUUGCACGGCGAACAAUCCAAGAUGCAAGAGAAGCACAAGCUACUGCAGAAAAAGAAUGGUCCCAAACAAGAAACAAUUUAGAAAAGAAGAUAGAAACAUUGUUAACUGAAAAUGCAAGAUUAUCAGAGAAUGUGAGAAAUACUUCUGCAAAAGAAAUAUCUCCCCCUCUUCAAGAUACUAAUGAAUCAAAUGAAUUACAAUUGAAAUUGGAAACUGCAGAAACUAAAGCAGCAAUGUUGGAGGAAAGGAUGAAGGAUUAUCUCAAGAUGCAACAAGACUAUGAAUUACAAAAUGUGGAACUGCAGAAUAUGAAAAUUAAGUUAGAAAAAGUCGAGUCAGAAAGAGCAUUGUGGGAAGAGGGCAAAUUAUUAGCAGGAAGAGCGGCAAGAGCGAAUGAUCUCGAGAAAGAAUUGAAUAUGAUGAAAAAGACUGUUACAAUUCUAAAAGAGUCAGUCAAAGAAAAAUUACUCUUGGAGGAGCAAAUGGCCAAUAUGACAAAAAGAUUGGAGCACACUGAAAAAGUGGAGCAACAAGUCGCGAUAUUGGAGGCAAAACGAUCCGAACUUUCACUUCGCUUGCAAGAAUACGAAACAAUUGGCAUUAUUGGUGGACCAAUGGCGGUAAAGCGAGAGCUGAAUCGACUUCAACAGGCUGAGGUGGACUUGAGAGCAGAGGAAGGUCAGUUGAGAUCAAGAUUGGAUGCGGUGCUACGAGAAUCACAGAAUUUGGCAAAGAAUUAUGAGAAUGCGAAGAAGUUGGCUGCUGAUGUGACAUCAUCAAAGGAAAAAUUAAAUAAGCUCGUAAGCAGGUUGCAAAAGAAGAUGAUUCUUGUCACCAGAGAGAGAGACAGCUACAGACAACAAUUAGACUUGUAUGAGAAGGAGAUGACGAUAGACAGCAACAAUGCGAUGACCGAACGAAUACCGGCUUUAGAACGCACUAUAGAUGGAUAUAGGGAAUUGGUUAAUAAGUUGGAAACAGAUCUUGAAGCGGCCGAGGUUGGCACACAGAAGAACGAAUGUAAUAAAUUGAGAGAAGAAAUCGAGCAAUUGAGAGGCGAGCUCGAGCAUCGAGCGUUAAAGGGAGAUUUCAAUUGCAACGCUCGAGUUCUACAUUUCACAAUGAAUCCCGCGGCAAUAGCAGAGAGACAAGUCGAGGAAAAACAAGCGGCUCUAUUACGAGAAGUGGAGGAACUUCGAACCAAGGUGGGAUCAGGAAAUUAUGGUGCGACUACAUCAUCGUUGCAAACGCAAGAAAUUGUAGAAUUGAAGCAAACGCACGAAAUAAAGAUAGCACGCUUGAAGGAAGCUUUUAAGGCAUCAUCACAGGAAUUUCGUCAAGCGUGCUAUCAAUUAUUUGGUUGGAGAGUGGACCGAACAAAAGAGGGUUAUUAUAAGCUAUUGAGUCAAUAUGCAGAAUCACAGGAUGAUUUUCUUUUCUUCCAUAUAGGAGAAGAAGGUGUGGAUAUGUUGGAGACCGACUUCUCCACAAACCUAAACAGUCUGAUUGAGCAAUAUUUGCAAAGACAGCAUAGUGUUCCUAUGUUUCUUAAUGCUGUACAAUCCGAUCUUUUUAGUCAGCAAACUGUGACAAAUAUAGUGACAUAAUUCUAUUCUGUAUUAUUAAUGAAACCAAUGUUCUUAUUUAUAGAGUUAAUCAGACAAUAUACAAUAUAGAAUAAUGUAAUAUUAUUUGAAUUACAUUUAUCACACUAAA